AUGGCCCCUAAGACAUGGAUCAUGACUCAUCUGAGGGAGUUGCUGCGGUUUCCGGUGAGUGGGUUUGGUGCAGGGCCGGUGGCAGAAGACAUUUACGAAUGGCAAGAAACGCUGUUGGGCCCCCCUAGUAAACCAUACGAAGGGGGCAUCUUCUUCAUCUCCAUCCAUGUCCCAUCAGAGUACCCCUUCAAGCCACCAAUGGUGUCGUGGAAGACGCUGAUUCUGCACCCCAACAUCGACAUGCUGCUUCACCCUAAGGUGGAGGAAGAGGACAACUACCUCGCAGACGUCGCACGCAUGUGCAUCUUGGAACCGGAGAGGUUCAAGAAGGAGGCCCGCCUGAUGACCGAGGCACACGCCAUGGAUUAA